ACAGACUGUCAGUAUUUCCUCGUCCAGAACGCUUUUUUUCUGCAUUCGGGCUUGUUGCUGUGCGUUUGGUAAAGGAUGGAGUUGGCAUUCAGUGGCCGUGUGUGCAAGCGCGUGGUCUGCUAGUAAUAGCUGCAAUCUUGCUCAGUGCACCACUUUCAAUGUAGAAUUAUGUGAACUAUAAUUGGCAGAAAGGGGAUCGCUUUGGAUUCUGCAUUGGCAGUUUUGCUGCAAGCUAGUUGCAAUCCUGGCGGUAGCCCUACACAAGCAAACCUGAUGGUCGGUCAACGACAGCUCGUCGCGUCCGUGUUGUUCUGCGGCGUGGUACUCGUAUUCUUUCUAUUCACAAGUAUUCACAGUCCCACUGUAUCACGGAGGCGAAGACCUAUGGUGGCUGCUAUGAAAUUAAGCUUAAUAAAUGAACGUACCAAAUCUGGAAGGAAUCCAGGCCAUCCACUCGUUGCUCGUGUCCAAGCAGGACAGAAGAACGUGCAGACUAGCAGACACCUGAGAGGCAAGACUAGACCUGAGGCACGUACGGGUGUGGAUAGCUCGCCGAGGAGACUCAAUGCUCUCAGCACUGCACGCCGCCGCACAACAGUACCACCAGCAACCGUGCAGCACCGGCAUCUCCGCACUACGAGCCCACGAGCACGCACAGCACUGCCUACAGCAAAGGCGACAACAACGCCAGCUCCUAUCACCACCGCUACCCGCAGGAGACUUGCUGUACCUUCUAAGCGCCGGCAGCAAGCCGUGCCCACCAUCACGCCUAAGAUCGGUACAAAGCGGCACAUCGGACCAACAGCGACAAUUACUCGCCAAAGACCAGGUGUUGGAAGCAAGUGGCCUCCGAAAGCAAAACAAACCCUGAAGUGUCCGAGCCAAAGACUACCGGAACUUUGUUGUGCAGGCUGGUCGACAUUCCUCAGCAGCAGUCGGCAGGAUGCUCUGGCGUCAGUCGCUGCUAGAAAGGCUCAAAAGCUCUCAAGUCCUCCCGUUGAGAAGAAGGCAAAUUGUCGGCGCAUUCUGCUAAUUGUUAUCUUCAACUGGGUGUAUUACCAAAACGUACCUAAAGUCAAGCAGCUCUACUCUAAAGUUUUCACCGAUAUCGUGUUCUAUGGUCCGGAGGCAGACCCUGGGCACGGCGUGUAUGGAGAGGAAAUCCAAGAUGGCUUCCUAUUCCACCGCGCCCUGGCCAGAGCUAUAGCUGCUUUUCCGGAUUAUGAUGGCUACUUGUGGGCUGGUGAUGAUGUCUUCCUCAACUAUCCUAUGCUUCUCUCUCAAAUGAAUCCGGACGCCAUCUGGGCCAACACUCGCAAAGGCACGGCGACAAUGGAUCUAUCCCGGAACGACUCACCAAACUGGGUGCAUUGGAGAGAGCCCAUAGGACUACCAGCCGUCCAGGCUGCACUUCCCUGCAUGAAGCGUGAGUGGCUGCAGCGGCGGGCACAGCGUCUUGGCUGCCCGGCGUGUGUGGUGCACGGGUUGGUGGACGUCGGCUAUGUUCCCGCCGCCAUGUCCGUCGAGUUCACGCAGUGCCUCUACGUCCUAUGGGAUGUUAUGAUGGAAAUAGCUAUCCAGAUGUGCGAGCUACUCGUUGCCAAAGACCCCAGCAAGAUUGCUACCCUUGUCGGAGAGGUGAACGUCUGGCGGCCGCAGUUUCGCACUAUAGCGUGGUUAGAUGCUCACGAGUUCAAUAACACACCUGCUGUGCAUCCCAUGAAACUGUCCAGCCCUUCCAUGGUGGGCAUGAUGGACACGUGGUUACACCAGUCCAGGGCCUUUCAUCGAAGCUCGCCAAAACUCCCCAUCUGCGGGUCAUCCCGCUCGUAGCGCGCGUGUGUGUGUGUGUAUUGGUAUGUGUGUGUGUCUGUGUGUGGGAGUUAGUAGGCGAAUGAAAGGAACAAUCUUGCCCUGCCUUAGAUACUGACUGUUCGCCAUGUGAGGCACAGCUCCUUACUGUACCGAACUUUACCAAUGAGCUAUUUUUAUAAUUCUGAAUGACGAUUUAUCCCAUCGGGUUUUCCCCUCCUAUAUCCAUUGGCUUUACCAUAAAUUUUACUAACUCCAGAGUGUUUGAUAUCUAAUAUGAAGUGUCUUCUGGACUGGAUGCAUGCGAAUUUGACUUUGUUCUGGAAUACAUGUAACUCCGGGCCAGAUGGUCCACCCCCAUUGCUUUCUUUUCCCAGAUCUGACAGUAUUGCUAGUGUGCUUCUCAGCUCCGCGUUAACGAUUUUCUUGUACAUGUAGGUACCCUAGGACUCUAUACUAUAGCCAUCUAGCACUGUAGCACUCUAGUUAUCUACCACUCUAGCAUUUCUAAGAUGAAAUUGAGUCCAUCGCUCGUCCAUCAUGUUGCAAUUUAGAAACCUUUUUUUAAAAGAUGAACCAACAUCAUCCGAGUUUCAAGAAGCACUGACAAUUUUUAUGAACAAGUGAUAUUUUUUUCUUGAGAUCAAAGUUUAUCCGAGCUUAUUCUACUUUUUUAUAUGACGAUGGUGACAACCAGGGAGUCGUGAAAAUACGUUUUGCUGUGUUUUGCGACUCCCUGGUGACAACUGCAAGUAACCACAUGCUUUGUGG